AUGCCGCCGAAAGGAUCUAAGAAGAGAGCGCCAGCCGCGGAGACGCCCGCGGAGGAGGGAGGCGGCGUCCUCUUCCGCGAGGGACGCGCUCUGAAGGUCGCCGUGACCGGGAUACUCGCGGAGCCGCGCCCGAUGAAGCGCGACCAGUUCAAAGCCGCGGUGGAAGCCGCGGGCGGCGUCUACUCCGCCGCGCUCAGCGGCAAGACCGACGUCCUCGUCUGCGGCGAACCGAAGACGGGCAAGAAGGAGGAGGACAAGGACUCGCAGAAGAUACGCGACGCGGAGGCGAAGCGAGUCACCGUCGUGUCCUACCUCAUGUUCGUGCGCGCGCUCGACGGCGUCGAGGAGCUCCCGGAGCUGACGCGGUCCGCCGCGGCGUGA